GUGGUCUUCCUCCCGGACCCGUCUAUGAAUAAAAAAAAAGGGGCUGGGGAUGCACAACGGGGCAGCUGAAACACAGCUUUACGGGCAGAAAAUCAGUGCUACUGAUGCUGCUGAACAUGGAGUGUCGCCUCCUUUGUGGAUUAAACGCUGUUGUGGACACAUUGUGAGUUUUUAAAAGCGACAUAUUUGGUUUUUACUUUGUUUCUUUGACACACAUCUGCAAUGAUGCGGGCUCUGGACCGGAGCAGGACCGCGGCGAUUGUACUCUGCCUUUUCGGAUACCUUGUCUCCAAAGCUUCCACCAAAACAUUGGCGGAGGACACAACCACACAAGAGGUGACUCUGAAGGUUCACCUGAGCGAUGCCAGCACUCAUCAGCCCCUGGUUGGAGCCACUGUGCAGCUCUUCGCCAACAACACUCCUGUAACCACAGAAACCUCAUCAGCUGACGGCAACACCUACCUGCGCUUCCUCUAUCGCCUCGGGACGCCGUUGGUCGUCACCGCAACCAAACGAGGAUAUGUGCCAAACUCUGUGCCCUGGACUCCCUCCAGAUUACCUGUGUUUUCCUCCAUCAGUCUGGACCUGCUGCCAGAAAGAGCUGCUACCCUGAUGGUGUACGAAGAUAUCGUGGAGAUAGUUUCAGGCUUGGAAGGUUUAAGAGGUCAGCCCAGUGUUCGUUUCCCGCGCGGAGCUCUUAGUCUUCCUGCCAACACGUCCUACGCAAACCUGACUGCUUUGUUCACCGUGGCAAGUUCGGCCUCGCACAUCCAGCACUUUCCCCACCUGCAGAUUCAAGGCGGCAACGGCACAGGGACUGAGAAGAGGUUUGAGUUGACUCCUGUAGCGGCUGUUUCUGUUCAUCUAUUGGCCAGCGAUGGAGCGGAGCUGCAGGUGAACGAGCCAAUCACGGUCUCCCUGCCUCUGCCGGCUGACAGUGGCCUGAAGGAAAAUGAUCACAUCCCCGCUUGGAGAUUUGACCCUCGUUUGGGCACAUGGAUAAAGAGCAGUUGGGGUCACGUGCAGAAGGACGGUAACCAGCUCAGUCUGACCUACAUUGCUCCUCAGCUGGGAUACUGGAUGGCAGCCAUGUCCCCUCUACACUCAGGUCUGCUGGUUGCGAGGGACAUCAGCACAUACCACACUGUGUUUUUAUUGGCUAUACUGGGAGGCAUGGCCCUCAUCCUGCUCUGUCUGCUCUGCCUCCUGCUGUACUACUGCAGACGCCGUUGUUUGAAACCUCGGGGGUCCCACCGCAAACUCACCCUGUCUUCUGGUCUGGACAGCAGUAAGAGGGACCAAGCCACGUCCAUGUCCCACCUAAACCUCAUCAACAAUGAGGUGCAGCUGGAGCUUGUUUCCACAGCAACCGAGCCUGAUAUGACCACUCCGAUGCUGAAGCCUUCCUCGUACGAGCAUCAAGACAAUCAACGCCAGCACAGCCUAAUCCAUCACAGCAAACACAGCCGCUCUUCUCUUGGCAACAACAGCCACCACGGCUCAUCCCUUGGCAACCUGACGCCCCGCAGCAGAGACUACCGGCAGUCUGCGGAGACGUUCCAACUAAAGACCGCGCUUUCGUCCGGGACAGACCGGGGCUAUCGUCAAUCAUACACCUCCGUCUGCUCGUCCAGCAACCAGAUGUCGGAUGCGCUGUCGUCGACCAAUCACGGUCAGGUGUCGGCCACACAGCUGAGCAGCGUCGGGAUUAUUGACUGCAUCUCCCCUUGCUCUCCCCCUCACUCCCCCUGUAGAGGGGACGGAGGUGAGUGUAGAGCCCCUGACUACCUUCUGUCGCGCUCCGUGGAUCACCUGGAGCGCCCCAAUCUCCAGUCGCUCUCCCGACCGGGCCAGCUACUGUGCUGCGGCUCCGUAGAUCUGCUGAGCGGAGGAGAUGGUUACCCGAGGGUGCGUCCCACACUGGUGAUCCCAGCGCACUACAUGCGCCUUCCCGGAGAGCACCCUCUGUCUGGUCAGGCCCUCCUGCUGCAGACUGACCAGCAGAGUGACUUAGAGACCAUCCAGGCCGAGCUCAAUGCUUCGCAUUCCCAGCAGCCUCUGGGACAAACCCCCACAGACUGCACCCCGGGACCUGCCAAGCAGAGUGAUGGAGAGGGCAUUGGCUUGUCGGAGUCUUUGUCUAUUCCCGCAGCACUUGGUGAAUCAGCUCUGAUGGAAAUAAACAGCGAGGACACCUUGUUAGCCGAAAAGACUUUGAUGGAGCUGAGAGGAGGGAAGCCUCUACCUCACCCACGAGCCUGGUUUGUCUCUCUGGACGGACGCUCCAACGCCCACAUACGCCACUCGUACAUAGACCUGCAGAGGGCAGGGUGCCAUAGCAAUACUUCUGGCGCAGGGGGUCAGGAAGGCAACGUCCGCGGCAGGAGACACGGCAAAGGAAACGACGCCAGUCUGGACUCUGGUGUGGACCUGAAUGAACCAAGAGUGGGGCGCAGGGGGAGAGACGCGGAGCGGGAGGAGAGACAGGUUGAGAAAGACAGAUCGAAGGGAGCAGCACCAGCCACGGCCUACACUCAGCUCGUGUACGUGGAUGAUCUGGACGUGGGAGGCAACGAGGAGGAGAAGUGCAGCCCCCAGGUCAGCAAAACAGAGCCCAUCCUGUCAGACAAAGCUGAGGGCAACAGAGGGGAUCAGGGCCCGGAGCAGGUGGAGGGGGAAAAAGCCGAGGGAGUUCGAAUAGAAGAGGAGCCGCCCUCGCUUUCCUCCGCCUCCCCAGCUUCGCCUCCUCCUCUGCCGACACCCGAUGGAGUGACUUUCAGGACUGAUCACACGCUGCUGUCGGUCUCCUUGGACAAUGAUGCAGCACAAGAGGACGGAGAGGAGGAGAAGAAAAGCCCCUGGCAGAGGAGGGAAGAGCGACCCCUGCUGGCCUUCAACCUCAAGUGAUUCACAAAUGUCAACUAAUUGAAAGGUUCACAUGUUUUUUUAAGGCUGUCUCAACAGAAUACGUACAUGUCAAUAUCAGCAUACAUUUUCGUUGCUGUUCCUUGUUGAUAAUUUCUUCAAGUGAUUUAUGCAAGUGGAACAAUCCAGUCCUCAUUCUUUACAAAGAAUUGUUCUAAAGUUGAUUAGAAGUUUAUGAGUUUACUCGAGUCAGGAGGGGUAUAGACAGAUGAAAUAUUUUAUCAAUGAUAACGAUAGGAAAUUUAUCAUGCAAGAAAAAUGAAGAACGAGCCCAAGAAAUAGAGUCUUAUAACUAAAAACCUGAUCUAGACAUUAGGACUUUAAAUAGAUACAACAGAGCAUUUCAGAUCGUGUAGUGGAAAGGUGAAGGAGAGGAACCGUGGGAGGGAUGUGAGCAUGUCCAUCAUGCUUAAACAUUAAUCAUAAUGAACACAAAAACACUUGGAAAUCACACUACGACGACUGAGAGUCAUCACAUAUUUUCUAGAGAGUAAACGAUUGAUGGGUAGAUCAUUCACUCACCUGUAAUACAUCCAGACCAAAAAAGAGGAUUUUGGCUUUAUAGUGGGACAUCGGGAUCAGUCUGAAAACCUCUAACAGACAAUGAUGUUGUCCAGUAAUAAUAUGUAAAUGGUGAGUGUCACGCUGUUUGAUUCUCUAUGAGAGUGAGGACUGGAUUUUAGCCCCAUCUCUUACACUAAAUUCUCGUUUGCAGUCUGCACGGACAGGAGGAAAAAUAAUAAGGAAUUAGUGUGUUGGUUUUGUUUUGAGACGAGCUUGGAAAAAUGUAAACCCAUCCAUCAACCGCGACUUCUCUUCUGCCCAGAUCAUAACAUGAAGGAUAUAUCUGUUAAAACUGAAGCCCUUUGUCCUUCACGUAGCACUGAUAAAAUACCCCAGCACUGGGAUCCCUUGCAGUCCAGAAAUGAACAAUCCACUCCUCUGUGAACUUCAAGGACCCUUAAUGAAAUGACCACUUUGUCAUCAUCAUAACACACAGCAUAAACUGACCACUCAUUAGGCAUUAUGUACACAUUGCCUGGGGGGAAACAAACGGACUUUGGAGGCAAGAAAUCUGAAUAUUUUAUGCACAACAAACUUAUGCCUUUUUUUUUUAUAUAAAUAGCCUUGUAAGCAUUUGAGCAAUGAACUUUGGUAGAAACAGCUGAUGAGUGGUUCUCAAAAAUCAAACAGUAACGUUUCUUCUUGAGCCAUAUUGGCCUUGAUCCACUGACAAGAUCCAGGAACACUCAUUUAAACUGAGGUUAUAUCCACCAAGCCGGCUGAGUUUUACGAUUGGGAAUCAUCUGUGCGAAAUCAGGCAGGUUUUUCUUCUUUGUCACAGUCUGUUUGGAAAUUGAAAGUCUUCUGUGUGUUCCAGGUUUUAGUUUGAGUGUGACCCCCGAUAUGAACAUGUAAAUCCUGUACUUUUAAUAUUUUUUAGUGUGUUGCUAGAGUUUAAUGUCGCCUGUCUUAAGGCUUGUGAGUUUUCACAUGAACUCCACAGGGGCUGAGGAAAUGAAACCACUAUCUGCUCUUUAGCGUAAUCGGAUAAUGUGACACACCACUAUGCUGGUUGGUAAGGAUGUAAAACCACUACAAGACUGUAGUUCCACCCAAAAUAAUUUGGGUGAAUUGUAUUAAUAUGAAGGGUUUUGUAAUUGUUGAACCACUGACUAGCAAAUUUUUUGCUCGAAAGGCUAUGCAUCACUUUUAUACGGCUGCUUGAGAUGCCUUUUUUUGUAAAUUUAAUUACUAUGAUUUUAAUUGCCAACAUGAAGUAUUUUACCUAAAAAUAGGCUAUUUUUAUUUCUUUUAAAUAUGUUAAGGGCUUUUCUUCUUCACCCGCCUUAUUGUUAGAGCUAUGAAAAACAAACACUACUUCACCUUUUACCUGUAAACAGCCUUUUUUUGUUUGUUUUGUUUUUGCUCGAUGUGUUUCACCUUUUCAUUUUCCUUACAAUCCAAGUGCCUUUGAACCACCUGACUCUUUGUGGAACAGAUUACCUUAUUUAUUUCUUGCCUUUUCUUGCCUUCAGCUUUCCUCCUCUACCUCAGCCCCUCCUUCCUCUCCUGCUUGUGAAAGAAAGCAUGCAGUAAACUUUCUUCAGCACUGGCGUAUUACAAGCUACACUGCAGACGUCUCAGAAAAUGUCUACCAGCUGCUGCUAUCGUAAAAUCCUCUACAGUAAUCAGCAAGACACCGAUCUCUCUUAGAGCGAGCGGUCAACGAUUUGCAGAGGUUUUUUACGUGUAGCACGGGAUAGAUAAAGCUAAGUGCGAAUGUAAGUGAAGCUAAACUGCAGGUCAUUUCAGUGCAUUAUCUUAUUUUUGUUUCUUUAGAGGGUGAAUGUCUCGAGUGUGUUUGUAGUGGUGGUGGUGUCCUUCUGUGAUGCUGCUGAGUUUGCUGUCAGACUGUCUGACUGAGGAAUAAUCAAUGUACAUCCAUUCUUGGUUCAUAUAGUCAUAGCAAUCAUAAUACAGAGUGUGUAUAGUUAUUUCCUUACCUCUGCCUGAUCAAAAAUGAUGAGCUAGUCGGUGUUGUGACUGGCAUUUUCUCUCUUAGUAUCCCACAGCAACCUCCUGUUUCUUGGGUGGAGUGUGUAAAUUGGUUGCUUGCAUUAUAUUUGAAGCCUAUUAUUCUGAAUAAACAGCCAAAUUUGAA